UCAACACUUUUUUAAGAGCCGGAAACAAACGAAGCCUGUCAUGUGAUUGGUGCCUCUUGUGUACUAUGUAACUAGCUUGGAAGUCAUUUAAAUACGUCGUUCUGGAUCCGAAGCUAAACCUUUAGCCACUAUGGCUGAUGAUUUGAAGAAAUACCUAUACAAACAGUUGCAAAGUGUUGAAGGUCUUCAUGCUAUUGUAGUGACAGACCGGGAUGGCGUUCCUGUUAUAAAGGUUGCCAAUGACAAUGCCCCAGUCCAUGCACUAAGACCUGGUUUCCUGUCCACUUUUGCUCUGGCCACAGAUCAGGGCAGCAAGCUGGGCCUCUCCAAAAACAAGAGCAUUAUCUGCUACUACAACACCUACCAGAUUGUGCAGUUCAAUCGGCUACCACUGGUCAUCAGCUUUAUUGCCAGCAGCAAUGCAAACACAGGUCUCAUCAUGAGUCUGGAGAAGGAAUUGGCUACGCUAAUAGAGGACCUGAGGCAGGUGGUGGAGGUGACAUAAUCUCUCCCAGACACGGAACCCCGAUUCACUGCAGAAUCACUUGUCUGGAUCACAUCCUGUUCACUGUCUUCUUCUUUCUGUCUUCAAUAGUGCAUUUAUAUGCCAUGAGAAAAUCUGUCUGGAGUUGUUUGUAAGUUCAAGUAAUUACUUAAAACGCUAGCUUCUUUGAACCUCUUUACUUGAGAAUUGAACCUUCCUGUACACCUUUUAAUAGGUUGAUUGUUGACAAUGAUUUUCUGACAUUUUCUGCAGAAUUAAGGUCUGAAUAAAAGUUUCAUUUGUGUAUCUAAA